UGUUAGCGUCAGUACUGGCUCUUCGCCUCGAAAUAUUCUGGGUUGAGAGUGUCAAUAGCAGGAUUAAAAAAUUUUUUGGGAUAGACUGUCACACAAGAUAUACUAUUUUUAUAGCCUACUAUGAACCUUUCGAAAUGUCCGGUUUCACUGCAAAAAUUGGAUUCAAUGACGUCGAAAGAACAUUUAGUGCCGCAUCUCUACAUCAUAUUAAACCUAAAUUUUCAUUAACCAUGAUAUCUGCUUUACUUUGGAUUCGUAAAGGUGCAACUGCUGAGAAACCUGAGAAAUAUGAGCUAGACGAUAAAGAGUAUGAACGAAUAAGCAAAUUAACUGCAGCACAACUAGAAAUCUAA